GGGGAGGGAAGGCGCAUCGCCAUGGCGGCAGCGCCGUUCUUGAAGCACUGGCGCACCACUUUCGAGCGGGUGGAGAAGUUCGUGUCCCCGAUCUACUUCACCGACUGUAACCUUCGCGGCAGGCUCUUCGGGGACAGCUGCUCGGUGACACUCUCCAGCUUCCUGACGCCCGAGAGGCUUCCCUAUGAGAAGGCGGUGCAGCAGAACUUCAGCCCUGCGCAGGUCGGCGACAGCUUCGGACCCACAUGGUGGACCUGCUGGUUUCGGGUAGAACUGGUCAUCCCUGAAGUUUGGGUGGGCCAGGAAGUUCAUCUUUGCUGGGAAAGCGAUGGAGAAAGCCUUGUCUGGCGUGAUGGGGAACCUGUCCAGGGUUUGACCAAAGAAGGCGAAAAGACCAGUUAUGUCCUGAGCGAGAGGCUGCGAGCAUCAGACCCUCGGAGGAUCCCAUUCUAUAUCCCUGGCUGUCCUAGAACUCACUAUGUAGACCAUGUUGGCCUUGAACUCACAUAGAUCUACUUGCUUCCUCCCAAGUGCUGGGAUUAAAGUUGGGUGCUACCAUGCAUGAUUAUUGCAGUGUAUAUUUAACUGUGCAUUUUUGUUUGUUUGUUUGUUUGUUUUCUUUGGCUUGGUUUAGUUUUUUUGAGACAAGGUUUCUCUGUAUAGCCCUGGAUGUCCUGGAACUCACUCUGUAGACCAGAGCCUCAGACUUCAUAGAUCCAUCUGCCUCUGUCCUGCCUCUCAAGUGUUAGGAUUAAAAAGGCCUCUGCCACCACUGCCCAGUGUUAACUGUAUAUUGUUUCAGAUUCCUCCAACACUGUGAAUAUGGUAAGGUGGCCUUGAAGGGCAGACGGAAAUAGUCAUAAAAUUAUGAAACUGCUGAAGAUUCUGGAAGAACAGACUGAGGACUCCAUUGCCAGACUAGGAGGGCUGGAGUCAGAAAGGCUACCCUUUAGUGAUGCUGAGUUUAGCUCCAGCAGAGGAACCUGCUGCCCAGGUGCUGCCUCCAGGAACUGGUGUACUAUGUUAGCUAGUGGAGCUUGGGACUGAAAGUCAGCCUUGGAAGAGCCAAACAUGUUUGCUGUGCAGCAAAGGCUUUAAGGCCAAGAGUACUUUGUACAGACAGCCUUGGAAAUAUGAAGCUAAAUAGCAGUAUAGCUCAUAGGAAUCCAAAUUUAGCCAUAGCAGAACACUCCUCUGCAGGACAUAGGUUUGAACUGGUAUUUCUACCAUGAUCCUCCCACACCUAAACCUGACAUCCCAUGGGUUCCUCUGGGAAGUGGGUCCUAGGCGUAAAUGGGGGGGGGGGGGCAACUGAAUGCCUGCUACUUGCACUCUUGUCAAGCUCCCAGCAUCUUCUGCCAGUUCACUGGCCUGAGACUGCCUCUCUAUAUUUAUAGCUUGACUCUCUAUGUGGAAGUAGCCUGCAAUGGGCUUCUGGGGGCCGGGAAGGGAAGCAUGAUCGCAGCCCCUGACCCAGAGAAGAUGUUCCAGCUGAGCCAGGCUAAACUGGCUGUGUUCCACCGGGAUGUCCACAGUCUCCUGGUGGACCUGGAGCUGUUGCUGGGUGUGGCCAAGGGCCUCGGGGAGGACAGCCAGCGCAGCUUCCAGGCCCUGCACACAGCCAACCAGAUGGUGAACAUAUGUGACCCUGCUCAGCCUGAGACUUACCCAGCAGCCAAAGCCCUGGCCUCCAAGUUCUUUGGCCAACAUGGAGGUGAAAGCCAGCAUACCAUCCAUGCCAUGGGACACUGUCACAUUGAUACAGGUGUGAGCCGCUGCACCUCGAAAUGUGUGUUUUUUAGCCAGCUCCUUGCUGUACUGAUUCAGAUGCAGCUAAGGUUUCUGACCAUGGAACAAGGGCUGAUGAAGUUGGACCUGAGGCCUAGAGCCUGGCUUUGGCCCUUCAAGGAGACUGUGAGGAAAUGUGCCCGGAGCUGGUCGACAGCUGUGACGCUCAUGGAGCAGAACACAGACUUCAUCUUUGCCUGCUCUCAGGCACAACAACUUGAAUGGGUCAAGAGCCAGUACCCUGGUCUGCAUGCCCGGCUCCAGGAGUUUGCCUGCCGAGGACAGUUUGUGCCUGUGGGGGGCACCUGGGUAGAAAUGGAUGGGAACCUUCCCAGUGGAGAGGCCAUGGUGAGGCAGUUCCUGCAGGGCCAGAACUUCUUUCUGCAAGAGUUUGGGAAGAUGUGCUCUGAGUUCUGGCUGCCAGACACGUUUGGCUACUCAGCACAGCUCCCCCAGAUCAUGCAAGGCUGUGGCAUCAAGCGCUUCCUGACCCAGAAACUGAGCUGGAACUUGGUCAACUCCUUUCCACACCAUACCUUUUUCUGGGAGGGGCUGGAUGGCUCCCGAGUGCUGGUCCACUUCCCACCUGGAGACUCAUAUGGAAUGCAGGGCAGUGUGGAGGAGGUGCUGAAGACUGUGACCAACAACCGGGACAAGGGGCGGACCAACCACAGUGGCUUCCUCUUCGGCUUCGGGGAUGGGGGAGGUGGCCCCACACAGACCAUGUUGGACCGAUUGAAGCGGCUGAGCAACACUGAUGGGCUGCCCAGGGUGCAGCUAUCUUCUCCUGGCCAGCUCUUCACGGCACUGGAGAGAGACUCAGGACAGCUGUGCACAUGGGUUGGAGAACUCUUCCUGGAACUGCACAAUGGCACCUACACUACGCAUGCCCAGCUCAAGAAGGGGAACAGAGAAUGUGAGCAGAUUCUUCAUGACGUGGAGGUGCUCAGCAGCCUGGCCCUAGCCCGAAGUGCCCAGUUCCUAUACCCGGCAGCCCAGCUGCAGCACCUCUGGAGGCUCCUGCUCCUCAACCAGUUCCAUGAUGUGGUGACUGGAAGCUGCAUUCAGCUGGUGGCAGAAGAUGCCAUGAACUACUAUGAAGACAUCCGUUCUCAUGGCAACCCACUGCUCAGUGCUGCAGCCGCAGCCUUGUGUGCCGGGGAGCCAGGUCCCAAGGGCCUCCUCAUUAUCAACACACUGCCCUGGAAGCGCACUGAAGUGUUGGCACUGCCCAAGCCUUGUGGGGCUCACAGCCUAGCCCUGGUGACAGUGCCAAGUAUUGGCUACGCUCCUGCUCCCACCCCUACUUCACUGCAGCCCCUCCUCCCCCAGCAGCCUGUGUUUGUGAUGCAGGAGACUGACGGUUCUGUGACUUUGGACAACGGCAUCAUCCGGGUGAGACUGGAUCCAACUGGCUGUCUUACCUCCCUGGUCCUGGUGGCUUCUGGCAGGGAAGCCAUUGCUGAGGGAGCCCUGGGGAACCAGUUUGUGUUGUUUGAUGAUGUGCCAUUGUACUGGGAUGCAUGGGAUGUCAUGGAUUACCAUCUAGAGACACGGAAGCCUGUGCUGGGCCAGGCAGGGACCCUGGCAGUGGGCACUGAAGGUGGCCUCCGGGGCAGUGCCUGGUUCCUGCUCCAGAUCAGCCCCAACAGCCGGCUCAGCCAGGAGGUUGUGCUAGAUGUUGGCUGCCCCUAUGUCCGCUUCCACACUGAGGUGCACUGGCACGAGGCCCACAAGUUCCUGAAGGUGGAGUUCCCUGCUAGAAUACGGAGCCCCCAGGCUACCUAUGAGAUCCAGUUUGGGCACCUCCAGAGGCCGACGCACAACAACACCUCUUGGGACUGGGCUCGCUACGAGGUGUGGGCUCACCGCUGGAUAGAUCUGUCCGAGUGUGACUUUGGGCUGGCCCUGCUCAACAACUGCAAGUAUGGAGCAUCAGUACGAGGCAACGUCCUCAGCCUCUCACUGUUGCGUGCACCCAAGGCUCCAGACGCUACUGCUGACAUGGGGCGCCAUGAAUUCACUUACGCUUUGAUGCCACACAAGGGCUCCUUCCAAGAAGCUGGUGUCAUCCAUGCUGCCUACAACCUCAACUUUCCCCUGCUGGCACUGCCGGCUCCAGGCCCGGCCCCUGACACCACCUGGAGUGCCUUUUCUGUGUCUUCACCAGCAGUAGUGCUGGAGACCAUCAAGCAGGCUGAGAGGUGCCAUCAGCACCGCACACUGGUUCUAAGGCUGUACGAGGCUCAUGGCAGCCAUGUGGACUGCUGGCUGCACACGUCGUUGCCUGUUCAGGAGGCCACCCUUUGUGACCUCCUGGAGCAGCGAGACCCCACUGGUCACCUUUCCCUCCAGGACAACCGUCUGAAGCUCACUUUUUCUCCCUUCCAAGUGAGAUCCCUAUUGCUUGUGCUUCAGUCUCCACCAAACUGAGUCUUGACUGGAUAGCUUUGGGAGUUCCUCAUUUCCACCUCCCUAGCCCGAAGCAUCUUGUGCAAUAAAAGCUUAGAUUAGCAGCACUAUAA